AUGGCUUCCAGUGUGACGCAGCUGUGGCAACUGGACUCGUCUCAACUGCUUCGGUCGACGGGGGCCACCAGCAAGUGCGUGGAUGCGUACGAGCCUGAGAAUGGCGGAACCGUGCAUUUGUGGGACUGUAGUGCUACCAACGUCAACCAGCUGUGGACGUACGACUCAACCACAAAGCAACUCCGACACAAGACACACGUGGACUACUGCCUUGACAUCGGUAGCCCCACUGGCGAGGCACCGCAUCUGUGGACGUGCUUGCCUACGACCCACGCAGACGUGAAGAACCAAGUGUUUGUGUUUUAG